AUGAAGCGCUCACUGGCGAACGAACUUCGCGAUCCAAUUUCCGUGGUCUCGAUUCUAAUACGAAACAUGAAUAGGCAGCAGGUCAAGAAACCACAAAUUUUCCAGAUCGAUUAUGCGGACUGUGACGGUAACACCGCACUUCAUUUAUCCGCCUUCAAAGACGCCAACAUUAGUGCGGAGGGAAAUUCGCCAUUAGCAGUGGCAGUACUUUACGGUAGACGGUCAGUGGCGCUUACUCUGAUUCAGGCAGACAGCAAUGUUAGCGAUCAGGUCUUUUACCCGCAAAAAGCAGAAGUAAAGACCGAUGUCUGGAAAUGGAAUGGUAUCCAAGAAUCUUCCGAAAAACCCACGGUUUCCACGGUCCCAGCCGUUAUAAUCUCUCAAGGUGGCGAAUGGGAAGCAAUAGUCUAUGUGCUGCUGGAUGCACUGGGAACGAGCGUCACAUCUGUGGUGCAGUUGAUCGACGCGGCACUGAAGGAGCGUCAGUACAACCUGGCGAAUCAGCUCACGAAGUCACUACAAGCUCGGAUGAUGGGCAAGAAGGUGAAGAGCAGCGGCUACGAUCUCGUGCUCACUUUCGCCGAGCACUUCCAAGGCGAACUAGUUAGCAACAGUGUAGAAGACGCCGUUCUUCACCGACUGUACUCGUUGGGCUGGGAUAUGAUGAGCGACAACGUUAGUCUCCCAAUCGAAGCGGCUGUUCUUCACGGCUCUUGGUCGCUCUAUAAUCACUUCAAGGUGGAAGCGGCAGUGACCAAUCUCGGUCCAUUACUCUACUGUAGAUAUACAGAUGACUGUUUGGUCAUUUGUUCAACGCAAGAAGAAAUCAACAGAUGUUUCGAGUUGUUGGACACACAGUCAGAGUAUAUUAAAUUCACCCGAGAGAAACCAAAAGAAGACUGGCUUCCAUUUCUGCACGUGCAAAUUAGCCUAUCAGAAAACGGCUACAUUACGAAGUGUCUGGAUGAACCACUUUCGCUGCCUUUACCGUAUGACCUCACGGAAGUCUCUCUCUCGUCACUGCCGCCGAUCUCUUGGGCCUGUGCUCUCGGACAAGCUGAACUCGUCAGUAAAUUUAGGACAGCUGGAGCGAAUGUGAACGCUGUGGAUCUUGAAGGCAGAACUCCUCUUAUGAUCGCUUUGUUGGCCAACAAAGAUAGUGCAGUCGAAUUGGAACUGACGAGAAGCGAUCAAAGCGGCAGAAAUAUCAUGCAUUACAUGGUUGAGCCAUUUCAUUGGGAAAAUGUGCAGCUACUUGAAAAACUGCAUGUGGCGGCACCGACAAUAAUCAAGCAACUAUUGCAACAACGCACUAAAAGUGGUUGCACACCAGUGGAUAUCGCUAUCAAUACAAAGCAAAGGACGAUGGCGACAGCGAUGAAACGGAUUUUGAAUGCUGGCAAUUUGGCCAAGAAAGCAGCUGUUUUAAAUGGGGUUCAAGUUGGGGAUCUGCCCGAUGUCUCCGGCCUAGUCUGCAAUUACAAUGUUGACGAGGACUCGAAAUUGUUCUUAGCUCGCUGGAGAGCCGAGCACGAGGUCGUCGACGCGACAUCCAUACCAAGACCUUCAGCUCUAAGCGGAUAUCGCGACACUGCUGAACUUGUAUACUGCCCUAUCACUCAUCAGUAUAUGGCGGCGGUUCUGAAUAAAACCGAUCUAAACUAUGGACGCUACGGUUUCCAUAACUUCUACUGUAUCGAGUUGAUGAAACGGCGCGAUACCGAUCUAUGGAUUAUGUUCACCAAUUGGGGGCGAAUUGGAGACGGACGUGGGGAGUACCAAACUACGCCGUUCAGCACUUUCGAAGCAGCCGUCAAAGAGUUCAAAUCCGUUUGGCGCUCAAAAAGCGGUCAGGAAUGGGCGCCGUUUGAUCAAUUCGUAGUGUUACCAAAGAAAUACAGACUUCUUGAGAGUACGAAACGAUUCAACAAUUUGGGCGAGAUUUCACUACCGUGGACUACAGUACCCGAGAAAAAUCUGACGAGGAAGACUAUUCAGGAUAUUAGCAAUCCGCAGAAAUUGAAAAGCUAUGCCCAAAUGGUGAACUUUUCUGGAACAAUUACUAAUUUGGAUAGAUCUAUGGCCUGUCCAUUAGGUCACGUCACGGAGGCGGCUAUUGAACGCGCACGUGCCGUGCUAGACGAAUGUGAAAAGAGUGCUCAGGAUUUGGCAAAACUUCUUGCUAAAGAAGGACACGGCGAUGCCGAUGUGCUAAGGAUGUAUGAAAGAUGUCGUGAACUCUCCAGUGAGCUCUACUACAACUUGCCCGUUGGUGAUUUCGAAUAUGGUUCGAUGAUAGUAUUCGACAAUGUGAGUUUAAUUAAAGACACGCCAGGUUUCUGUAAAGUUGCAGUUGUAGACUCAGACGUCGUCUGA